AUGCCCAGAUUCACAUUCAGCGUGCCCUUUGGCAGCUUGUUCAAGCUCAAGCCGGGCAAGUUCAACUACGCUCUCGAGCAGGACAUCAGAGCGAAAUUAGACACGUUACCUUCCGUCAGCAAGAUCUACUCGAACCCGGACGGCACGCCCCGCGUGCCCACGGACAGCGAGUUCAAGACCAUUGCCGAGUUGCAGAAUCUUUUCUACCGCAGAAACCACUCGCAGUGGAACUUCAUUCUCCCCGGCAUUCCCAGAGAACAGUUGGAGUUGUUCAAGGACAACUCGCAAGACUUGCAGAACUUCCAGUUUGUCGGCAAGGACGCCGGCAAAGUCGUGGACAAAAUCCCCUACAAGGACGAGACCACGGGCGAGCUAAAAUGGCGUGUUGUGCGUGAAACAGAGAAGGCCGAGGGCUGGGAGUUGCCCUACUUCUACAUCAUCUUGCCCGUGUUCUUCUAUGUGGUGUACUCGAAGUACACGGCGCAGAUGAAGAAGCGCGCCGAAGAGGGUCCCGAGUGGGCCCGCAAGGAGUUGCGGUUGAGAGCCAUGGAGGAGUACUUCCAAGGCGACACCGAGAAGGCCAAGGAGUUCUUGUCCAACGAGGGCAAGUCCGAGCGGGAGCUCAGCGACAGAGACGACUUGGUGGUGGCACGCAUCUUGGCCGGCGACUACGACAAAUUGGCCUCGUUGAAGAAAAAGAUGCCCGCAGACUUGGUGCCGCAGCCGGAACGCAACGAGAAGAUCGGCAUCUAA